AUGUAUCAUAAAGAGAAGAGCAUCCAGAUUAAGAACAGCGCGUCUGCGUUGUACAACAACCUGAGCGUGCUGCGCAUCGCUCCGCGGCGGCUCACCUACUUCACGGUGGUCCACGCCAAUGUGGUCAACAUGGUCAGCGCGUCGUGGGAUGGACUCAACUACUCCCACCGCCAGUUGCAGUCCAAGGAGCCCAACGUAGCCACCAGUCCAUCACUCGUCAUGCAGGCCGCAUUUUGUGUUUUGCCCUCUCGAGACCUGCUUGUGGUGACAUCACAGAAAGGCAUCCAGAUGUAUGAAUCAGAUGGCUCCAUUAUGGUGUAUUGGCAUGCACUGGAUACUCCUGAAACACCGACAGCUCAGGCUGUGUUUGCUCGGGGGAUCGCUGCUGUCUGGGAAAAUUACAUAUGUGUGGGUCUGUCCUCUUGUGGAAUCCUGGUAUUCGAUGUUCCUAAUAAAGGUAGCAAUAUAACCCUGUCAGAGGUGUUGGAGGAACAUAAGGAGCCCAUUACUGACUUGGCUCAAGAGUGCUCUGGCAGCCAGGAGUGCAUCGCCGACCUUGUCAGUGCUGAUGAUGGCGGCACUUUGUGUGUGUGGAAGUCGGGGGAAGAGUUUCAGCUUCUCAACAAGAUUGGUGGAUUUGAUAUGAGCUGCUCAUCCGUGAAGCUGUGGAAAGGUACAGCAGUGGCAGCUUACGGAACAGGCCAGAUCCGUCUUUACGAGGCUGUGACGGGAAUUUUGCAUGCGGAGGUCAACGCCCACGCCCGCUGGAUCUACUCAUUGGAUAUUGCUCCGUUUUCUGGGCUGCUCCUGUCUGCUGCUGAAGAUUCUUUUGUCAGGGUGUGGCUACUGACAGUAACGCCAGAAAGCAACAGUGUUGAGGUUGCCCAUUUACAUAAUGAAUGUGUGACAGACACACAAAUCUGCGGAGCCAAGUUCUGCGACGGAGAUGGCUACGCCUUCGCUGUGACAGGAUAUGAUCUCAACGAGAUUAUAAAAUACACGCAGACAUAG